UAAGUAGGUCAGUUCUGUGCAUUGCGAGGUUUGUUGAAAAGCUUGAGCAUAUGUCCAAACACUAAAAUGGAUAAGAAAAUGAAUAGAAAGUGUGUACUUUAGCUGAUGAGGUGAUGUAAUCCGUCUUGAUAAAUUUUGUUUUUGUGUAGGGGAGCAUUUUUUGAAACACAUAAACAGUGCAAAAGGUAUUGCUGAACAUCUUCAACAGCACAGGGAAGAUCAAGGUGGUGCAGUGUUUCUAGAGAGAUGGAACCUAGUACUUGGCAACAACUUUAUCAGCAAGAAUGACCUUGAUAGAUUGUGCCCAAUUCCUGAAGGAAAAGAGAUAUGCAUGCCAUACCAAUACCAGUUUCACCUUGAGAGACAACAUGAUGAGUAUCUGUCACAUUGGCUGAAGCAGGCAAUCAGAGAGGAAGUAAUUGGUAGUGAUAGCUUGUGCUACCAGGAAAUUGAGGCACGCCUGACAACACUGCUUAAGUCCCCAAAGAGCAUAAAGUGGCAAACAUGGCCCACAUUGAAUGCUUUCUGUCAGGCCUUCUUUGAUGUUGCAGGUGAGCGUGCUUUUAAGUUUUACACUGGCUCAGCAAAUUGUGGUAAGGCUCAAAAUGCUGGAGUCAGAGCUAAUACCACAUUGAACCACCCAGCACCAAAUCACAGAACCAUGAAACGAUGGAAACCAGCUGCAAACUUUGAUGGUGGUCCAUGUCCAGCCAGAAUAGGAACUGUCUCUGAACUGCUACAACAGUCAAGGUUGGCUUUUAUCCAUAGAUGGAGAAGAUAGUACUGUUUACCCAGUGGUAUGUGGAUAUGACGGGCAGCCUCUAAACCAGGGUACAUUUGUUCGCUGGCAACCAGACAGCAAGUCCUAUAUUGUGGAUGGUGUUAGACCCCAACUGACAUAUGAUGAAAUUGCAGAAGCAGGCACAGAGAAUUUCUCAUCAUAUGUAAAGCAGAAAUGCAGAUUUGUUUCUGAAGUUGUAGAGUUUUAUGUAAUUGAUGUGAAGGGGUUGAUUGCUAUGAAUGUUGGGACAGUUUUUUCAACUGGUGGAAUGAAGCAUGCAGAUGUACGUCAGCAUUUGAAAACGAUGCUUCAAGCAGUUCAAACCUGUUCUGAGUGCAUAACAAGUAAGGCCAAAGAAUGCACUUACCGCAAUCAGCAAGAAUCAUGCAACAGAUGCAGGAGUAGAAAUCUCCAAUGUGUUCGUUUGAUGGUUGUCCACUGUUAUGCAGACAUGGCUGCAUCUCAACGAGUUGCCCAUGAAGAUCUGAUGAAAGAAGCUGGAUGUCAACUUGCAAUACCACAAUACACACAAUUUGGUUUUGGCAUGCUUCAUAUGUGUAAGGCGUUAGUAGGAUACGUACGCAACUAUCGCAUCACUGAUGGAAAUGAAAUCUUUUGCAUCAACAUGCUUGUUGCUCUCUGGCUUUCAUCCACACAUGCAUCAACCCUCUUGUGUGGUAUCAACUCCAAAGUAUUUUCCUAUAGAGACAGGCACUCCGAUGAUUUGGCAUACUCGACCGUUUGCCAAAGAGUUGAAGAUGCACUUGUUGCAGCCAAUUCUGUGGUGGUUACUGUUGCUCCUGAACAGUACCGUCCAUGGUCACAGGAGGCCAAAGAUCACAACGAUAUGAAACUGGGUAGACCUCUGUUCAUCACUGUAAAUAAGCAGGGCCAUUGUCUGUGGAGUGAUCCAGUUGCUGACUGUGUCUUCAUGGGAAAUCGACACAAUCCCAUGAAAGUAAAACCACUUGGACAGCCAAAUGCUCCUGGACGUGCUAGUCAUCAAGUACUACCAGUAACCGCUGCACAAUAUAACCGGCCUACUGGACUGAAGGUCUUUGCAGCUUCUAACAAGGGUGAAGUGUGCCUUAUCUCAGAUAGUGGCAAUAAAGCUCUGCGUGUUGUAGAUAAAUGCCAUGACAUCCAUGCUAAGCAAAAAGUUGCUACGGUGGAAUUAAAUAAUGCUCCUGACGGAUUCCAACCAUAUGCGCUUGAGGUGAUAAGCCCAGCAUAUCCAACAACCAUUGCUGCUGUGAGUGACACUAAUGCCAAGGUUAUUCACAUGAUACGGAUCAACCUUGAUUCCUACCAUGGUCAACUGGUUAAAACAAUUGAAGGAUUCUGCGUCCAACCAUCAGGCCUUGCACUCUUGACCAAAACUCCACCAAGCCUCCUGGCAGUUGACCAUACAGAGAUCAAAAUGGUGAACUAUGAAACGGGUGUUAUAAAAACGUUCAUAUCUGGAUUGCACCCCUCAACUGAUGUAUCAGUAAGCAGAAGUAAGAAGCUGGCUGUGUCUACCCCAGUGCGGAAUAAGAUAUAUGUAUAUGACAUGUUCACCAUAGAUGCAGGAGCAAUUGAAGUAUGGGGCUCUGGACAGAAAGGAAAUGAAGAUGGUACUGUGGCAGAUGCCUCAUUUGAUGAGCCUGUGGGAGUUGCAUUUGAUGGAGAUGUCCUGUUUGUUUCAUGCUUUGGAGGGGAACAUGGUGGAUGUGUCAAGUUUGUUUCUGGUAUUUCCUUUGCAGUAUCCUAUAUCCAGCAUGUACGAGAAUUAUACCACUUUGCAGGAUUUGUUGCAAGGAAGGAUUCCAGAAAGGAGGAUGCAAGGCAGAUGAGACGAGGCAAAUUUCUGCUAGGGGUCAGAAAAUUCCAGGAAUCCAUAGAAUUUCUUCAGGCCAUCAAUGAAAGACGACAAAAUGCAUUGAGCAAUGGGGCAACACCAAAGUAUGUAGAUUCCAGCUGUGGAGGUAUAUACCCAAAGACUCUGGAUUGCCUUCUGAUGACUUUAUCAAGCUUGAGGACACACAUCACAUCAUUUGAAGAGAUGCUACCGGACACUAUAGAUGACCUUUCUUUGUAUGCCUUCGUCAAUGAGGCAGUUGUAGAGCAUGGGUUUGGAGAAAGAGGUGCACACAGCUCACAAUACAGACAUCCAAGUCAUGAGCAGUAUUGCCACAUCAAAACCAACAGUGAAGGCAACUACAUCCGCAAGAUUUGCAGUGUGAAGUAUUCACACUUCACAACAGAGGAGAAACAAUAUCAGCACCCAAGGAAGUGUGAUAUUUCUGCUGAUAUUGUCAUUUCUCAGUUGCAUGAGCGGUUGAAGAAUUACACAAACCUGUGCGAGCCCACACAGGAAAGCAAGGAAGACUACAAGAAGUUGAAGAAGUUAAACCGGAUAUAUAGACCACAGCCUACACAAACAGUCCGGGAAAAAUACAAGGCCAAAAAUGGGUAUGCCCCAGUAACAGUGCAAAGGAAAGAUGUGCCAUCAGAAUCCUACAUGUCACAAAGGAAUUUGUCUGCACUUACAUCUUUCCAAGGGACACUCAGUAAAACAAGAAAGACACAGCUGAACACUGAAGACUUUCUACUGAUGCGUGGUGACAUAGUUCCCGUUCUUGCAGGUGCUAACUAUGCCCAUGAUGGUCCUCAAAUAGAUAACUGGUGGCUUCUCCAAGUUACAGAGCCAGUUUUGGCUAGGGACAUUGGUGAGAGAACCAGGGUUACCGACAUGUGGCUAGAUAAAGUGGCUGUUAACUAUGAUGGUACAAACACCUUCAAACUACUGGAUGAUACGACAGUGAAAAUCCCUUUUGGAUCGCUUAUAAAGGAUAUAGAAGAUGGCGAUCCAUUGGUAGUACCAGUUGAUGUUUUUUCAACAGAAUUUGACGCAGAUAAUAUGGACAAGCUAGUGUACUCAUUCCACCCAGAGUAUAUACAGCAACUUGAUGAUCUUGGAGAAGAAGCACAGUACCAGCUGAAUCAAGAUAACGAAUCAGAUUUGGAAGAAGAAGAAGAUGAUGAUGUUAAUCAGCAAAACCGUCAGCAUCAGCAUCUCCUAAUACUUGAACAGAGGCGUUCAAGAGCUAUUUCUUCCAAGGGACGUCAAUUUACAAGCUAUUUGGACUUGCUCAAGCACAAAAAUUAAUGGUGAUGCAUAUUUGUUUUUAGAAAUAAGUGGAUUUUGUUUUUUAUCGUGCAGAAGAAGCGAUAGACCUGUCUGCAAAAUGUUAUGUAUAAAAAUAUGAGAAGGCAGACAGACAACACAAGUAUCUGACAAGGUGAAUCAGAUGAAGAUGAAGGAGAAGAAGAGGAAAAGAAGAAGAUGACCAAGAUGUUAAUGAGCAAAAACCAUAAGCAUUAGCAUCUAAUACUGGAACAGUGGCAUUUGAGACUAAGUUUUUCCCAGAGACAUCAAUUUUCAAGCUACUCAGACUUACUCAAGCACAAAAGUUAAUGCUGAUGCCACAUCAAAGUCCACAGUGAAGACAGCUACAUCUGCAAGAUCUGCAUUGUGAAUUAUUCACAUUUCACCUGGUCGUCAAUUACUAACAAUGACCAAUGGUCAGGUCCAUAGUCAAGUAUCACCAGCUAGUUAUCAGUUGCCAACAAUGACCAGUAGUCAGGUCCAUCAUGUGCAUAGUCAAGUAUCACCAGCUAGCCAUCAGUUGCCAACAAUUACCAGUAGUCAGGUCCAUCAU